UCGUUUCACAGCAUUCGCUCCGCCGUUCCACGCAGCGCGGCGGAAUUUUCUUCCUGGAUAAGAGGUUCAGUGUUUCUCGAGAGAGAGAGAGAAAAAAAAAAGAAACAGAAAAGUGUGUCGUUGUUGGAACGAUGGUCCAGAGGACAGUUGGUGUUGGAGUUACUAUCGCGCGCGCGGACGAUCUUUGGAACAUACGUUGAAUCUCGGUUCUAACGAGGUGAACAAAGCUCUGUGGCGCGUCGGAGCGUGGUGAAGCGGGUCAAGGUGUCUAAAAGUCGAAAAUAUCGUCGGCGAGGAAUUCCUCCUCCUCCUCCUCCUUCGCCCCCACCCCUCUUCUCCCCCCCUCCCUCCCCCCUUCUGAGAAAACAAAGAGUCACGCGACUCUGUCAACGAUCAGCCGGCUUCCCUAUCAGCCGGCGUGAUCGUUAAUCAACGAUCGGCGAUCGUCGUGUUUGGACUUUCUCGGAGUCAUCGUCACGCGACUCCACGUACUGUCACGACGAUCGACAGGGAGAGACGCGCACGUCGAGCUGUAAUCGCGAACCGUCGCCGAGUCCAUUAGCAGUCAAUCGAGGAAAGCCGAUCGGGACUCGCGCGCUUCAUCGCCGACAGCUUCGUGGCAAUUUCGAUCGUCGUCGACAAGUUUUUUUUUUUUUUUUUUUUUGUUUUUUUGUACAUGGAUUCGCGUUGCUUUCGUCGCGACGAACCUACGAAACAUCGCGAGUCGGUUCGAGCUCGCGUAGCCGAAGAGAAAAGUCAAUCGCCGAUUCGAAUCGGUCGAGAUUGAAACGUUGACUCGUGCUCUUUUUUUUUGAAUUUCCGAUUUCCGGGUGGACGCGAUCUCGAGCCGAGGCUUCCUUCGAGAUAUGGAAAUCGACAUGAGCGGGAAAACGAACAGGUCGACCGAGGAAUUAGCCAAGAGGCGUGUUUCCAUUAGCGAUCAAAUCGUCGGCAUGGAUAAUCCCAACUUUGAUCAUCAUCGGCGCAUAAGCGCCAGCUCGGAGCAUAAUUCCGAUCAUGGCCGUGGCAAAUCGAUACUGCAGCACGGGGGCAGCAACUACAGCGGCAGCGUGGAGAAUAUAACGCAGCACAAGUUCGAUCUCGAGAACGGCAGGAUCAACGGGCGGAAGAAGUCCGCGUACAGCUUGACCAGCUCCAUCAGGGACAAGAUCGAGUACUCGGAGGAGUUGGAACGUUCGUGGUUGUACCUGUUUUGCGCGCGAUGCCACGGCCGCGACGACACGCCGUCGUGGGAGCCGCCCGGUUGGAAGCGAGCCUGCCCCCAGCCAUUUUGCCCGAGCUACAGAAAAUUCGCCCGGAUAUUGUGCUUGUUCCUGUUGGGUCUGUUGCUCUGGGGCAUCGUGUACACGAUACUAGGAGACGAUGCCGCCCCCGGCGGCCAGCUUUUCGGCCUGGCAGCCCUCACCAUAGCCGCGCAUUUCGGCGGAUGGCUGUUCUCCUUGACCACCCUUCCUGCCCUAAUCGGUAUGUUAAUCACCGGGAUCAUACUGCAGAACAUCGGCCUAGUCAACGUCGAGGGCAGCUACACCGUCGCCGUCUCCAAUCUGCGGUGAGUCUUUGCUUUCUAUUUUUUUUUUCUUUUUUUUUUUUUUUAGUUUC